AUGUCCCAGUCCCGCCAGCUGGACGAAGAUACCGAUAUGGCUAUUUCGUAUACGCAGCCGUCCGCCGGACACCAGACCCUCCCCUCAUUCCGCGAGCUUCUCCCCGCUCACCUCCACGAUGAAAUCGAAUCAACCUCACCAUACUAUACCUCACCACGCUCACAAGACCGCCCGGGUUCGGGCCACGAAAUGGCCGAUCCCCGCUCCAUCUCAUACGGCUCCCCAUCUAAAAUGCCAUACGAAGCACACCGUGAAUAUACAGUCUCGCGCGGCGAACGCAUGGACCCGGCCCACGCGGUGCGGUUCUCCGAAGGCGCAUCCCGCGGCCCUAGUCCGAUCCUCCCACCCAUCCGAGACCUGGACUCAAUGUCAGGCCGCCCAGUAAAUCAAAAGGGCUUCGAGCGCGCCCCCAGAUCAGACCCCUUUGUUACUCAAGAGUAUCGCCAGCCCGGGCCGGCCCCAAUGGCUGCUAUGCCCGAUCGCCGCAGCGCGGAGCAAUACGCCCCGAUAAUGCACCCCCAAUCACCAUACGGCCAUCCGGCAAUGGGUUACGAUGAGCAGGUCUCGCCUCAGAUGCUUGCGCAUGGCCAGCAGGCCAAUUUUGGAAUUAUGGGUGACCCUAUUGAUCCCAAGACGAAGCGCAGACGUGGGAAUCUGCCGAAGCCUGUUACGGAUAUUCUGCGCGCCUGGUUCCAUGAGCAUCUUGACCAUCCUUAUCCAAGUGAAGAGGACAAGCAGAUGUUUAUGACGAGGACUGGUCUCUCAAUUAGUCAGAUUAGCAAUUGGUUUAUCAACGCCCGUCGGCGACAGCUUCCUGCUCUGCGCAACCAAAUGCGUACAGGCACUGAUGUCGAUCCCUCGCGACAGUCUCCUUUCAGUGACAUGGAUGGUGAACUGCCCUCUCCUCGCCAUUAA